AAUGCUGGCAGCAGCCAUCUCAGGGGCUGUUUGGUCUUUCAGCUGCUCCUGCCCAGUGCUCUUCUUACUUCAGAGCUAUAUCAGCACAUUGUGAUGCAGGAGCAGUGAAACAAUGCCAGGCUGCCCUUCACCAGGGACUUAGUUGCCUGUCCAGCACACAGAAACACCUCUGCUAAAGAAAUGUGAAAGAAGCAGAAACGUGCUAUUUGGAAACAAUUCUCCUGUUUGACAUCCAGGAGGUUUCCAGAGAUCUAUUUCAGCAGAUUCUAUAAGUUGAAGGUAAGCCCCUGUUGCUGAAUAUACCAAGCACGUUGGAUACAGGACUCAGAAGACUCCAACUGGACCUAACCCAAACCCUGCCCUGAAGACUAGCUUUCCUAGUGGCAGAAGGUGCUAUAUAUGCAAGCUUUCAAGGGAGGAUAACAAUCAAUAGUAUUACCAUCAGUGAUGUCUAUGAACCACAAUGACUAGCAUGGUUGUGUGUAUAUACACUCACCAUGGUGUACAUACAGGGAUAAGAAGAAAACUUGUGGGUGUCAAUUUUCUUCUUCUACCAUGAGGAUCCCAGGAAUCAACUCAGCUACAUCAUGAAAAGGAGGAAGCCCAAACUGAAGUGAGUCACAAACUUCAUUGGCCUUGAGCUGAGCAUGAUGAAGAAGAACAGGAACAAGAAGGCAAUGAAUAAGCAAGAAGCCCUCUUUAUCCCACACUAUUACAAACUCGGGCAUCUUAAGAACAUAUUGGAUGGAGGAGAGUAUGCCCCUUAUGUAUCUCCUCCUAUACUGGAGAGCAAUUUUAUUCAGGUCAAUAGGAGAGGUGAAUCUAUUUACCUGCAUAACCGAGCAAACUGGGUGACCGUAGGCAUCUGUUCUUCCAAUCCCAUCUUCAAGACCCCCAAUAUGAUGCUGUUGGCACAUCUGACACCAGAAGCUCGAAAAGAACCAGAUCCCCUCUUUAAAACCCUUCUGAAGUCUUCCUCUUCAGGGACUCUGGUGCUCACCAGGUUUAUCCCUCUGCAGUUUGUGACUCUCUCUGUGCACUGUGCUAAGAACAUGCGUCUCAAGGUGAAGCUGAUCAACGGCCGCUCCUACUACUUACAGCUCUGUGCUCCUGUGUAUAAACAGGAUAUCAUAUUUUCUCAGUGGGUAGACCUCAUCCCCCUCCUGAAUCAGGAGAAAAUGAAAAAUACCAAAGUCUCAGAGGUCUCAAGCCUCUCAGAACUCACAAACAGCACAGACAUCACGGGCUCGAUGGAUAUCACGGACAUCACUGCUUUCAGAGAACUGCAGCCCAGGCACCCGAAAACACACAGAUACCCUUGUAACAUCAUGGAAAGUGCAGACUUCUCAGAAUAUACAGAUGUCACUGAUGUCACAGAUGUCACUGAUGUCACCGAUAUUCUGGACAAUGGGGUCACAGAUGUUCAAGAUAUAAAAAUCGUCACAGAAGUCACAGAAGUCUCAGAAGUCUCAGAUGUCAAAGUGGCCACAAACAUCUCAGGGGUCAAAAUAGUAUUUGAAAACGAUGAUAUAAUAAAGACCAAGCAGGAGGAAAAGGAAUAUACCCUGAAACAUAGGAGUCUACGAGAUACAAAAACUAAGAGUGACUACCGAGAUUCCCCAAAUCAUGUCACCAUGUCAAACAUAGCCCUGACUUUGCAAGAUGAAGGGUGUUUUCAGACUACUCUGACUCCUGUAAAAAGCAAGGAAGACAUAUACAAAGAAAUAUGUGAUGAAGCUUCCGAAGAAAAUAUGAUUCGUCUUCAAAACAUACAUCUAAAGGCCACGGAAUCCAGGAGUACAAGAACUGAUUCAGACAUUUCAGAUGGUGAACUGAAGCUUGGAAGAUAUUUGCACAAGCAGUACUCCUCUAGAGAACAAUCCUUUACCCACUCUCUUGGCUCACUGCCCAGGGGGGUUGUCUUCCUUCACCUGCUGCUCUAAAGAUGGAAAGAAUUUCUUUCCUACCUCCACAUCAAGAAAAAGACUCCCAUGACAUCAGCAAGAGACUACUUAGGACUGGUGAUGUAUUAAAAUCUGA